AUACUAACCGACUGGCUAGCUCACCAGCUGCCCAUUCGUCUACCUAUCUACGCGCCCUACUACUAAGCAGCCACAAGAUUGCUGUUUCGCACCUCCAGCCAUGUCAUCAAUUCCAUACAGCCAUCUCACCUCCCAAAAAAACUAGCAGUCAGGACGUGUCAUCUUGCUCUCCAGUGGAGCGACUUGGCAAAAGAUGAUGGCCUCGACUUGGAUUCAGGUUGCUGCCUGUCUCGCUUAUCGUGAGUUGUUCAUGGCUGAUUGGUUCGCGGUGUUUCUUGCGGGAAGUGCACGAUCGGUGUGGGGAGCGGGCGCAUGUAAGCUUACUUGCGCGGGGUUUUCAAGCGUUUCUGGGUCUGAGCAUGUACUGCAUGUUGUUCGAUAUGAUAUCGUUGAUUUGAAGGCUAUGCUUUGCUCGAAUAUGCUGUCGUCUUGAUUCUCAUGCCUGUGGGCAUGAUGAUGUG